UCUCAGGGCUGUAAGUUCAAAACUUUGUGUCCCAUUUAAAACAUUGCGAAAACUUGACAGAAACCCAUCCAUUUGCAUAUUAGUGAUGUAAUAAACCUGACCCAGCAUCAUAACUCCAUGACAUCAUUGUGCCUGCCUCUGAUGUCAUCAUGCCCACCCCAACAUCACAGCUCCUCCCCCAAUGCUAUCUGACCCGCCCCCAUUGUUGUGGUUUAGCCAAAAGGUGCAACGCUCUGUCACACACAGCUCAAUACGUCACUUGUGUAAGCUACGGGGAGCGAGGUCCAGGGCCUAAAUAAUACCAGACCUAAAUACAGCCCUGGCCCCAGGGUGGGUGAGUAAUGGCAGCGCUUGGGACACCUCAGAGAGGUAAAUAAAAUGGCCACAAUUCAUAAGGAUUUUCUCCAACAAAGUGUAUGUGUUACUGUUAUACAAAUAGAUUCUCUGUCAUUAUCCAUCUUCCCCCCCACACAAGAAACAAGGAUUUUAUGAAAACACAAAACUGCAGUUACUCGUCUCACUCAGACUCAUUCACCUCACACAACUCAUACAGACUCUGCUACACUCUCUAUUGCUGCAGUCACAUGCCUCUGACAUCACAUCUUCCCGCCCACAUCUUGGUCACAUGGUGUAACCUCCCAACUUCUUCAUACACAAUAGUGUGAGUUACCUCAGCUGUGCCCUCCCCCAUACUGUUACUGAGCAGCCUCUUACCUCUCCCAUUAACUAACAGCAACCGAAUUCUCAUCCCCUGCCAAUAAUGUCCGACUCCUGCCUCAACCUCCAUCAUCCUCUGUGUCUGCAGCUUCUCUGCCUCUCUCCUCCUCACAUCUCCUGCCUGGCCUGCUAGGGGAGGAAACCGUCACUGCUGAGGAAAAACUGGAGAACACAGAGCUGCAAGAAGAUUUUCCUUGGAUGAACCCUCUUCUAACACAACAAAACAUUCAGCCAAGGGAAAAACCAUUUAAGUGCACAGAAUGUGGGAAAGGUUUCCUUCACAAUCGCUCACUUCUGUCUCACCAAGCAACAAUUCAUAAAGGGCUCAAACCUUUCUCAUGCACAGAAUGUGGGAAAUGUUUUACCAGAAAACACAGCCUUAAAUACCAUGAAGAGAUUCACAUACAUGUAAAACGUUUCAAAUGUAGAGACUGCGGGCAGUGCUUCUUACACUUAAGGGAACUUCAACAACACAGUGUAAUCCAUACUGAGGAGAAACCAUUCACGUGCACGGAAUGUGGGAAAAGGUUCAAUCUGAAAUGUGCCCUUUGUAGCCACCAAAGAAUUCACACGGGGAAAAAACCUUUGAUUUGUACAGAAUGUGGGAAAGAUUUCUCCUCCAACCUCUGCCUUGAGCUACACUUGAAGAUCCACAGAGGGGAGAAACCAUUUAGGUGCACAGAAUGUGGGAAGGAGUAUGCCUACAGCAGCAGCCUUCGUCUGCACAUGAAAAUACACACAGGGGAAAAAAUAUUUAUCUGCACAGAAUGUGGGAAAAGGUUCUUGCAGAGGAGCCUCCUUCUGCUACACGCGAAAGUGCACAGCGGGGAGAAACCAUUCACAUGCACAGAAUGUGGUAAGAGCUUCACACAGAAAAAGCUGUUAAUCGGCCACCAGUCAGUUCACACGGGGGAGAAACCAUUCACAUGUUCAGAGUGUGGGAAACUGUUUUCCAAAAAGGGAGACCUUCUCACACACCAGAGACGUCACACAGGAGUGAAACCAUUCAAGUGCACACACUGCGGGAAAAGCUUCUUUGCAAGUAGCAAUUUUCGCGCCCAUGAGAAAAUUCACACAGGGGAGAAACCAUUCACAUGUACAGAAUGCGGUAAAGGCUUCCCUCUUCGGAGUUAUCUUCGAGUUCACCAGAGAACCCACACAGGGGAGAGACCUUUCUCAUGUGAUAUAUGUGGGAAAAGUUACGCCCAAUGUGGUGCCCUUAAUGUACACAAGAGAUCUCACUGUAGGUAGAAGAUAUGACUUGCUAUUGUGCUUCUGUUUUUAAUAUGAGAUUAAAGUGACUGUGGUACCUCA